GUAAUGCAAGCUCAUCAGGUGAUAACUCAAUGACUUCUCCUCACGACUCUAGACUACCUAUUGAUUCUAUCAUCACAUCUAAUCCAUCUGAGUUUAACUCAAUGACUACUCCUUAUGAAUCUAAACCAACUGUUAAUCCUAUCAUCUCACCCGAUCCACCUGAGUCCUCCUCCACUUUGGAUGUUCAUUGUUCCAAUAGGGUAAGGGCUCCCCCUAUUUAUCUUAGUAAUUAUCAUUAUUUUUCCACUCUUGCUACACUUCAUGAACCUCACAAUUAUCGCGAGGCUUUUCUGACCCUCUUUGGCAGCAAGUUAUGUCUGAAGAACUUGAUGCCCUUCACAAAACUCAUACUUGGAAUUUGGUUGAUUUGUCUCCUAGAAAGGCAAUAG